GGUCGGCGGGCGGGGACGGCGGAGGUGGUGGCGGGGGGGAAGAUGGCGGCGCUGGGCAGCCCGCUGCGCACCUUGCGGGGGCUCCUGCGUGAGCUCCGCCACGCCACCGGCCGGGCGGGCCGCCCCUACCGCCACACCGCCGCCUACCAGCACGUCGUCGCAGCCUUCCGCGCCCACCGGGUCACCAGCGAGAAGCUGUGCCGGGCCCAGCAGGAGCUGCAUUUCCAGGCUGCCACCUACCUCUGCCUGCUCCGCAGCGUCCGGGAGCACGCGGCGCUUCACCGGGAGUACCACGGCAAGGGGGAGCGCUCGCCCGAGGAGGUCGCCGGCCUGGUGGGCUUCAGGUUGCCUCAGCAGCCGGGAGGAAAGGGCUAAAGGCGGUUCCGCAGCGUGUCACCUAUUUAGUCCUCAAUAAAUAUCCUAGAGUUGUCGAAA